AUGAUUUCCCAGUGCUUCGGUUUGGCGGACAACGGCGGCUCGCCACCGAUCCCUACCGACUACAUAGCAAGCUGCUCGAACGAUGACGCGUACACCGCGCCAAGCAACGUGCACAAGAUAGCAAUCAUGGGUUCAUCGAUGGUUGGCAAGACGGACAUCUGCAAUCGUUUACUCGGCGCGCCGCUUUCCUCAUACAAACCGACGUUACAGGACACUGUCACCGUGCCCGUGCGCCGAGGCCGCAGCUCGCGCAACUAUGAAAUCACCGAUUUGGGCGACCCGUGCGAAUUCCCGCCGAUCUACCGCCUUAACAUCCUCCGCUGCUCCUCCUUCCUGCUCGUCUACUCUCCCGCCAAACCGGAUUCGUACGAAGUCGUGUGCGACAUUGUCGAAGACAUCCGUGAGCUGAAGGAAAGCCUUGACGGCUGUAACAUCGUCAUCGUCUGCAACAGGUACCUCGGCGACGAGCCGGAGAAUGACGUCGUCGUCGGCGGACUGAGCGGCUGCGAUCUGGUACACGCGUCGGCCGUUAACAACGAGAACAUCGACACCAUCUGGAACAUUCUGAUCGUCCGACACCGGCGGCAUAAGCACCGAGCCGCUGCAGCACGAGUAAUCGAAGACUAA